GACGACCUCGCCGAGCACAUUCGCCAACGGGCUCUUGCCUUGCAGCAAAUUGUCGAUGACGCUUCGCGAGGCGCUCUCCCUAUCAAUGAAGCCGAACAGCAGCUCCGCCAGUCCGGCGCUUCUGCCGAGGAGGUGGCCGACUACGUUCAGCAACUUCAGGCAGCGCGGCAGCAACCACCUGGGAGUCCAGCUAGGAGGCAGGAUCCUGGCUCUCCCGAUCGCGGCCCGGAAGAUCGGCCCGGCGGUCUGUCAGGCGGGGAAGCAGCCAACGAGGUUGCCUGGGCGCUACUGCGCCAGAAGCUGGAGUCUUUGCGCUCGGACUCCGGGCAAAGCGGUGACCUCACGAAGGCUCUCCUCGGUCUGGUGGGUCCCUCCAGUGAACGUCCGCCUUCCAUUCCAUCCACCGUCCUUGCCGGGGCUCCCCACCUCGCUGCUCUUAAACCGGCUAUCGGCGACGAGCACAUCCAGGAGACAUGGCGAUUACGUCAGCUGUAUAGCACCGAGAAAGCCGUCGAUCCCAUUAUCAACGCAAUGCAGCAGCAGACGUGGCGACAUCCGCUUCCUCGCUCUAUAUGGAAGGACCUCGUUGCCGACAAGUUCGUCAGCUUCGAACGAAUCUUCGCCACUAUGGAGCUUGGCUACGAUCAUGACGAAGACACUAGGGAGCUUGCGCCAGGCCUCUCACUCGUCCGCAAGGACACAUCCUCAGCUAAGCGACCUCUUCGUACCGAAGCCGACUGGCAGCGAGUCUUUGCAGCUUGGGCCGAUGCGACGAAGGCCUCUACCCGCACCGAGCAUCCGAGCUUGACGAGUAUCAGCGCUUUGUCUCGGAGCUAUUUGUCGCCGCUCCUUCGAACCCUCUUACGCCAUGGGGGCAGAUCUUGCUAUCCGCGACAGCUACGCCAAGGGCCCUUUCCGGCUCGAUGACCGCUCGCGGACACACGUCCAUGUUCUCACGCAAACCCUUCGCUUCUCGCCGACCCAAAGCCUUGGGAAGCGAGCAAAUACAAGCAGUUCUAGCACCUCGGCGGCUUCGAAACGGAGCUCGCGCAGCGAGUCACGCUGUAUCAACUGGAACCUUGGUCGGUGUAGCGACCCUUGUGCUAACUCCCGAAGCAUGGAGAGUGCUGCGAGUGUGGCGGCCAGCACCGAGCAAAAGACGAGGCAACGUGCCUCGCUUCUGUCCAAGCUCGCAAAAGAAAGGAGCUCCUGGUGACGCGCGAGGCAGCUGAGAAGGCUGCAGCAGGUCCUACUCCUUUUC